CAGCCGCUAUCGCUGCUGCUGCUGCUGCUGCUGCUAGAAAGACGGGCAGGAGAGUAAACAAGCCCCUGCUGAUCCGUCUCGCCGUCUCCAUCUUUAAAGGGCCGUCGCAGAGCGAGGAGCAAGAUGGGGGCAGUACUGGGCUUGUGCUCCUUGUCCAGCUGGAUACCAUGUUUGUGUGGUAGUGCCCCCUGUCUACUGUGUCGUUGUUGUCCCAGUGGAAAUAACUCCACUAUAACAAGAUUGAUAUAUGCAUUCUUCUUGCUUCUUGGAGUGAGCGUUGCAUGUGUAAUGUUAAUACCAGGAAUGGAAGAACAACUGAAGAAGAUUCCUCGGUUCUGUGAUGGCCAGGUGAAUUGUGAUGUUCUAGUAGGGUACAAAGCAGUGUAUCGUGUAUGCUUUGGUAUGGCUAUGUUCUUCCUCUUGUUUUCCUUAUUGAUGAUCAAGGUAAAGAGCAGCAGUGAUCCAAGGGCAGCAGUCCACAAUGGAUUCUGGUUUUUCAAGUUUGUCACAGCAGUUUCAAUCACAGUGGGAGCAUUUUUUAUUCCAGAAGGACCCUUUACAACCGUAUGGUUUUAUGUAGGCAUGGCUGGAGCCUUCUGCUUCAUUCUUAUUCAGCUGGUUUUACUUAUUGAUUUUGCCCACUCUUGGAAUGAAUCUUGGGUUGAGAAAAUGGAGGAAGGAAACUCAAGAUGCUGGUAUGCAGCACUGCUGUCUGCCACAGCCCUAAAUUAUCUCCUGUCUCUGGUGGCAGUUGUCUUAUUUUAUAUCUACUACACUCAUCCAGUAGGCUGUUCUGAAAAUAAGGCCUUUAUCAGUGUCAACAUGAUGCUGUGUAUUGGAGCAUCUGUAAUGUCAAUUUUACCCAAAAUUCAGGAAUCACAACCAAGAUCUGGCUUGUUGCAAUCAUCUGUUAUCACAGUUUAUACAAUGUACCUUACUUGGGCAGCAAUGACCAAUGAGCCAGACAGACAGUGCAAUCCGAGUUUGCUGAGCUUAAUUGGAUAUAAUUCGACAAAUCCUCCAAGCAAGGGUCAGCUUGUACACUGGUGGGAUGCCCAAGGGAUUGUUGGGCUCAUUCUGUUCUUACUGUGUGUUCUCUAUUCAAGUAUCCGAACAUCUAAUAACAGCCAAGUAAACAAACUUACACUGACCAGUGAUGAGUCAACGCUGAUAGAAGAUGGUCUUCCUCGGAGUGAAAGCUCUCUUGACGAUGGAGAUGAUUUACACCGUGCUGUUGACAAUGAGAAAGAUGGAGUUACUUACAGUUAUUCUUUCUUUCACUUCAUGCUUUUUCUUGCUUCACUUUACAUCAUGAUGACAUUAACCAAUUGGUACAGUCCUGACCCUGCCUCUGCAUCAAUGACCAGUAAAUGGCCAUCUGUCUGGGUGAAGAUUUCUUCCAGCUGGAUCGGUAUCGUCCUGUAUGUGUGGACUCUGGUAGCUCCGCUUGUUUUAACAAACCGCGAAUUUGACUAAGCCAAGCAACUUUUCUGAAGGCUUUUAUUGUUUUGUUGCUUAUUUGAUGCUAAUGCUACGCUGUAUUAAGAAAUAAUUGUAAAUAUGUGUUUGUGCACUUACUAUUAGUGUAGUUCAUCCUGUGUAUUAUGCAUGGUAAGUUUAAAUCAGGUUAUCUUGCCAUUUCAAUGACUGUUUCCUACUUUAGCUUGAAUAUGAUUGCUGCUAAAUUCAGGGCCAAACUAGAAGUGGCGACAGCAGUUCCAUAGGCUUUACUUAACAAAAGGCAAGCGGGAAACAAAAUAGGAAGAUUGCUGUGUUCCACCAGCAGUUGUUAGCAGUCAAAGUGUUUGCGGAGCACCUUACACUUACCUAGUGUAAGGUGUAAUGAGCUGCGAAAGUGCUAUUGCAAGCACAUGCAAAAUCUAACUGUUUGAUGUGUUACUUGCAUGGGGUGAAAGUCCAGCAAGUAGCACCGGUAGUGUUUUAAUUAAAGAAUUCUCUGAUUUUAUAGAAGUGAGGUAUCUGACCUUUAAAAGCAAAAUGGAUCGCCAUUUAUUUCUCCCUUGACACCUUUAUUUCAAGGGCAGUUCUGAUACUCGAUGGGAUCUGUUUAAGAGGCGGACAUGCAGAGAGAGGAUCUUAGAUUAUAAUCUUAGAGGAGAAGCAUUUAAUUUGCUCAUCUUUGUGUCUGUUAUCUUUAUUGUGUCUGUUAUUUUAAAAUGGGGAUGCACCCUAAUUUCCACACAAUGGGAUUUUUUUUCUUUUUGUAUUUUUGAACACAUUGAGAGAUAGUCGUUUCAUCUGCAUCUGCUUUAUGUGAGGACUGUGCCAAAAUGGGAGGAACCCGUAUCAGUGAUUCGGGGAGAAAAUUAAAAGUAGGAUAGAAUGUUCUUCUUCUUAGAGGGACCAGACCAGUUUAAAGAGUCACCUGCAGUGUUACUAGAAUGUGCAGUGCAGUCCUUGCACUGAAUUGGGUGAUUGAUUGAUUGAUUGAAUUGGUUGAACAAGGGAGGACUAGAAGUUAGUAAUCACUAUACAGUAUAUUUGUUAAAAUAGUUGAAGCAACCAGUUUAAAGGCAUUAGUUUGUUGGGUGAUCCCUGCCCCUACUUUGAAAACGUGUUGUGCAAAAAGAGGGACUGACUUUAAUUUUCCAGUGAGAAGAACGAAGCAGACAUAGUCAAUACAGUUAGACUGCAUUUAUAAUUCAGAAUCUAUUUUCACGGAAGUUUCUCCUUUUCAAAAUUCUACCCUAAAAGCCAUUCUGUUUAGAGGUUGAUAAAGUUGUCACACAAGCACCUAAGAAACCAAUUAUUUGCUCCUUGCCUAAAGAGUGUGCCUCUCUACAUGAUGUUUAGUUUAACUACAGGACUUAUAUUAAAAGAAUCUGAAGCAGUCAUAGUUUUACUUAAAAUGGAUGGAAAAUCUUGAAUUUUCUACCCAUGAAAAAUAGUUGCAUUUUGUACACAUUGUGUUUGAAGUGGAAUGCAGUGUUAGUUCUAUUAAUAAUGCAUGUUAUUGAAGUUAUUUUUGUAUCCACUGAAUUAAAAAAAACCCUUUAAGUAUUUAAAGGUGGUAUUAGGCUGCUUGAAAGCAAUUCAAACUGAGGCCUAAGGGUCUCAAGUCCCUCACUGCUAGUAACUGUAAAAUAACAUAGGAAAUGCUGAUAAAGCAUCAAAAACAGGAACAGUAAUCUUUCUGGCUUAGUGAUUGUUAGUUUGCAAGUAAGAAAAAAUUAGACUCAUUUUAAUAACAGCUGGAUGUAUUGACAGGUAUUAAUAUUCUUAAAAACAUUUGCAUUAUUGCAGCUGAUAUCUACAGUGAUGCCAUGUUUUUUCUGCACAGGAUAUUAAAUAACUUUUAAGUAACUUUAUUUCAUCUUGUUACUAGUCCGGUCGGGUGCAACGCAGGCAGUCUUUACAAGUGCAAAUUCUUAGGACUAUAUACUUAGAAGCUAUUGGUUCUACUUUGCAAAGUGCUUGAAAAAUAUUCAGCUUCUGGUUUUUGUUUGUUUGAACUGUAACUACAUCUACACAUUGCUCCAACUUGAUUUCUCCAGUUCGAUUUCAACUGCAGGUAUUUUCUCCAAAUUCCUGAGUGUUCCUAAUUGUUAAAAUUUAUUCAGUUCAUUGUAAUACACAGAAAGGCUGAUGAAAUUGAACCUAAAUGCAAUUACUGCUUAGUCACUUGAAGUGUAUAUGCUGUAGCUAUCAAUAAACAUUCAUAUUGGCUAUUUAA